GCUGCGCUGGGUGGGGGGGACGGGGGCGAGGGCCGGUCCUGGGUCUCCCCCCGCGCGGUGAGAUGUGCCCGGCUCCUUCCCCGCACACAGGCCCGGGCCCGACACCGCCAGCGCCGGCCGGACGCGCAGGAGCGGAGCGAAACCCCAGGCCCGGUGGGGCGAGCCGUCUCCCCACGGAGGACAUGUCUGCGGCGCUGGAGCCCGGGGCAGCCGCGCACCUUCCCCGCGCAGCACCGGGGCAGCCCGAGGGGACGCCGGGGCAGCAGGAGCCGGGCGGUCUCCGGGCAGGAGCGGGGCAGGCGGGAAGAGUCCCUGGGCUCCUCCCGGCUGGGGCUGGCGGGGCGUCCCCCUCCCCGCCGUGCUCGGCACCGCAGACAGUCGGACAGCAGGUGCUGGAGGAGCCGGUCGAUGGCCAGGAGAUGCAGGGCCGGGAGGUGAAGCAGCCCCCGUCUGAGGCGGAGCUGGACUUGGAGACCCCCCCGCCGGCACCGGGGCACGACCUCCCCGCCCCGCACGCCUGGCGCCAGCGCUUCCGGGGCCUCCGCUACCGGGAAGGCGCGGGGCCGCGGGAGGUGUGCGGCCGGCUGCGGGAGCUGGCCCAGCGCUGGCUGGAGCCCCAGCGCCGCAGCAAGGAGCAGAUGCUGGAGCUGGUGGUGCUGGAGCAGUUCCUGGCCAUCCUGCCCCGGGAGACGCGGAGCUGGGAGUGGGGGCGCGGCGUGGAGACCUGCGCCCAGGCCGUGGCCCUGGCCGAGGGGGUUCAGCUGGGGCAGGAGGAGGACGAGAAGCUCCAGGUCACGGUGAGCGUGAAGAUUGAGGAGGGUUUCUCACAUGAAAACCAGCCUCCUGGGGCAUUGCAGGAACCUGGUGAUUGCUGGCUGGAGCAGCCAAAGGGCCAUCUUACAGACCAGCCUCUGAAGGAGGCAGGACAGAGGGAUACCCCAGGGUCUCGGGACAAGCCACCUCAUGUCCCCAAAGAGGAGCCCAUACCUGACCAGAAGUCAGAUUCCCCUAAAGCAGAGGAGACCUGGGACUGGUCAGCAGAUGAAAGUUUCUUGGGCUGGUGCCCUGAACAAAACCCUUCCCCAGGAGCAGGGACCCUUAGUAGAGCCGAUGAACAGCCUUCUGAGGAGGGGCCUGUAAUUCUGGAGCUGCAGAGGACUUCCCCAGAGAUAAUGGGAGAGAGGGCCUCCCUGAUGCCUGAACCAGGCCAACUGGAGAAGGGGGAGGGCAGACCUCCAAAGCAGGGGGAGAGCUUGGAGCACUGGAGCAUUCACUUAGGGAGGAAGACACACCGCUGCACCAAGUGCAGAAAGAACUUGAUGUGCUGGCAAGGCCUGUCCCAGCACCAGUGUGUCCAGAGGAGGGAGCAGCCAAACCGUGGCACCAAGAAUGGGAAGAACUUCAGACAGCCCUCCAACCUGGUCAGGCACAGGCUCAUGCACAUAAGGGAAAAGCCAUAUCAUCAGCACUGUGAGUAUGGUAAGAGCUUGAACUGCUCCUCCACCCUAGUCAAAUGCCAGCUCAUACACACAGAGCAGAAGCCACAUCAGUGCUUUGAGUGUGGGAAGAACUUCACCCAGUCCUCCCAUCUGGAUGAGCACCAAUGUGUCCACACCAGGGAGAAGCCACAUCAGUGCUAUGAGUGUGGGAAGAGCUUCACACAGUCCUCCAGUCUGGUCAAACAUCAGCGCAUCCACACAGGGGACAGGCUAUAUCUGUGCUCUGUGUGUGGGAAGAGCUUUACCCAGUCCUCCCACCUGACCCAGCACAAGCACAGCCACAUGGAGGAAAAGCCACAUCGGUGCUCUGUGUGUGGGAAAAGCUUCACUUCCUUUUCCCACCUGGCACAGCACCAGCUCAUCCACACAAGGGAGAGGCCCUAUCAGUGCUCAGAGUGUGGGAAAAGCUUCACCCACUCCUCCUACCUGGCCCAGCACCAGCGCAUCCACACAGGGGAGAAGCCAUAUCACUGCUCUGUGUGUGGGAAAUGCUUCACCCACUCCUCAAGCUUGGCCCAGCACCAGCGCAUCCACACAGGGGAGAGGCCAUAUCUGUGUUCUGUGUGUGGACAGAGCUUUACCAAAUCCUCCCACCUGGUCCAGCACCAGCGCAUCCACACAGGGGAGAAGCCACAUCAGUGCUCUGAGUGUGGGAAGAGUUUCAUCUGCUCUUCCCACCUGGCACAGCACCAGCGCAUCCACACAGGGGAGAGGCCAUAUCAGUGCUCCGACUGUGGGAAGAGCUUCUCCCAAUCUUAUUACUUGGCCCAGCACCAGCGCAUCCACACAGGGGAGAAACCACAUCAGUGCUCGGAGUGUGGGAAGAGCUUCUCCCGAUCUUAUUACUUGGCCCAACACCAGCGCAUCCACACAGGGGAGAAACCACAUCAGUGCUCGGAGUGUGGGAAGAGCUUCACCCGAUCCUCCACCCUGGACCAACACAAACGUAUCCACACAGGGGAGAAGCCACAUCAGUGCUCCGAGUGUGGGAAAAGCUUCACCCACUCCUCCAGCCUGGCUCGGCACCAGCGUAUCCAUACAGUGGAGAAGCCACAUCAGUGCUCUGAGUGUGGAAAAAGCUUCCCCCAGCUGUCCAGCUUGGCCCAGCACCAGCUUAUCCACACAGGAGAGAGAUCACAUAAGUGAUCUGAGUGUGGGAAGUACUUUUCCCAACCCUGUUACUUGGCCCAGCACCAGCUCAUCCACACAGGGGAGAGGCCAUAUCAGUGCUCUGUGUGUGGACAGAGCUUUACCCAGUCCUCCCACCUGGGCCAACACCAGCACAUCCAUAUGAGGGAGAAGCCACAUCAGUGCUCAGAUUUUGGGAAAAGCUUCACUUGCUUUUCUCACCUUGCAUAGCACCAGCUCAUCCACACAGGUGAAGCGCCACAUCAGUGCUUGGAGUUUGGGAAGAGAUUCUCCCAAUCUUAUUACUUGGCUCAGCACCAGCACAUCCACACAUGGCAGAAACCACAUUAGUGCUUGGGGUGUAGCAAAAGCUUCACUCAGUCUUGCAGCCUGGCCCAGUACAAGUGCAUCCACACGGGAGAAGCCAUGUCACUGCUCUGAGUCUGGAAAAAGCUACAUCCACUCCUCCAGCCUGGCCUGACACCAGUGCACCCACACCCGGGAGUAUCCAUAAUUGUGCCGGCAAUACAGAAAGGGAUUGGGGGUGCCUAACUGCUCAGCACCCACCAGUGGCUGCAUUCAGGAAAGCUGCCUCAUGCUGGUGUACUGCAUAAAAUUCACCCAACCUUCAGUCCACAUAUGGUGUAGCAGAACCCAAAGGACUCAGAGGCGGGUCCCCAAGGUUUGAUUGAGGGGAGGAACUAAGAGGAAACACUUCAGGCAGAGGGUAGCCGGGGAAGCAGUGAGGAGACAAUCUUUGCAUCAGCCUUGGAGCCUGUGCAUUCCCCAUCAUUCUCUAGAAGUCUAAAACCCAUCUGUUCUUCCUGGGGGGGGACAAGUACCUUCACAACAGGGUACCCCCCCAAGACACAUAUUUCCAAAUGAAACCCAGAGGCUGUCCUUGGCCACCUUCCAGCUUUGUCCUCCCUGUUCCCAGGUUUCUGGUAUGUGAGGCUCUUGAGCUAUAGGAAAGAGAACAUUUAUGGCUGGAGAAGCAUUCCCUGCUCCCCACCCUGACGUUGCCUAUCUUCCCCACUACAUCAACCUUCUUUGCCUGCUCAUGCCUAUCAGGUGUCUAAGGAGCUGCUAGUGCAACCCCGAGCCCAGUUUUGCAGGUUUUGCUUUGCAACCUCUCCGAAAGUGCACUGCUGGCUGCCUGCUGAUCCCCCUGUCCUUCCCUUCAUUUCAUUUUCUGUAAUGCAUUCUCUAGUAAAGCCCCAGAACUGAAGUUGA